GUGUCCGCCGGGCUCGUGGCGUGUUGUAGUUUGCGAAGCCCGACUUCGGGAGGCGAAAUUGACAACGUCGUUGUGUUGCAUCGAGCGUCGAGUGUUGCGAUCGUUUUCGCUCGAUUUGCAUGCGACGACGCUCGUAAUCGUUGCGUCUCGUCGUCAAGCAGUCGGAGAGAGUGGAACGACGGCAACGAGCGUGCGCAUCAGCUCGCUCUCGACGUCGCCUCCGAGCGUCGUUCCCGCGUCGUCUACGACGACUCCGUGUCGAUUGUGAGAAGCGCGCGGCUUCUUGCGGGGCUUUGUGAUGGCUGAACGACGCAGUGAGCACGACGAGCAGUUGAGUAACGAGCAGUUUGAGGCGUUGAAAGCGAGAACGACUUCACUCGGUCGUGAUGCUCUCAACAACCUGUACUGGUAUUUUGGUGGACAUAAGUUGUACACCGAGUCAUCAAGUGGAUCAGAAUCUCAACAACAUCUGAGUGAGGGUAUGAGUGAGGAAGAAGGCAACUGGGACGUCUCGUGUCAAACACUAAAACAAUGGGAAGGAUUACUGAGGAAACUAAAGAGAUCGAGUACCGACGAAGAGAAGAAGCUUGCGGCUGUUGUUCAAGAUGAAGUUUUUCCGAAGGCGAAGGCAUUGCUAGAGAAGAUGGCAAGUGCACAAGUUGAAGAGGAAGUUGAAACUCUUCCUAAGCGGCGACCAGCCAAAAAGAAAUCAAAGCCUAAACCGCCAAAACUAGACAGCGGCGAAGACGACAAGAAACCUUCAGUAAAGAAACCGAAGAAAGAAAAGCCGACACCGACGAGGAAACCCGAAGUCGACGACGAUGACGCGGCAUCCAUCGAUGACGAUCUCACUUCACCAGACAACAGCAAGAAGUCAAUGACAAAGAGAAAACCACCGGAGAAGGAAACGAAGGAUGAGAGAGGCGGCACGGUGUCGACGAAGAAAAAUCAACUGAGUCUCUCCAUCGACAACUGCGAUGCCUCAGCGAAACGCGACAAAACAGAUGACGACGACGAGACGUUCGAACCCGAAGAACGACCGUUAGAAAUCGCCGAAGACAACCAAACCGAAGGCAAACGACCGUCCGGUCGACGAGCCGCACGCAACUGCAUGAAACGGCAACGCGAGGUCCUACAAUUGACCGAAGAGCCGUCGAGCGAGGAAGACGAACUCCCUAGUAAUCGGAAACGAUCCCGUCGUGACUCGGACGACGACGAUUUCUCUGAGGAACACGGACGAAAGAAGAAGAAAUCGGCAAUGAAGAGACGACCAUCGAGCGACAAACCGAUGACUCCCUACAUGCCGAAGACGUUCGCAAAGCCUCAAGUCGAGGAACGAAAGAUCUUUAUGUUCUCGACGAGUCUAGCCAACGUGGCGGCCGAAGCGGUCGAGAGGUUACUCGUGCCGUCGAUCAUUGCGUAUCAUAGCCAACACCCGAGCUCGACUGGCUACUUGUGUGACAGCAUGCCGAACGCGCGUCACUUUGUGCGCCGCCAGGAACCGCAUCCGGGACCGUUCAUGCACGAUCCGAUGUCCGGGUACUCGCGUCCGCCGAUUGCUCCUCCGACGUGGUUCGCAUCGAAGCCGCCGGCGAUUCACUCAGCAGCGUCGACGUGGCAACCGCCGCCUUUCGGGAGCACGACGGAUCACAACGACGGGACAAGAGAGCGGCUACAUGCUCCGGCGUCACAAAUACAGUAUCACCAUCCGAUGCAAUCCGGUCACCAUCACCACCACCACCACCCGUUCUCUCAAAAUCCGGCGGGCGGAUACCCGCCGUCUCAUCCGAUGUAUCCGGGUUUCUCCGGCCACAUCCCGCCGGGGAUCUCGCCGCCGCAGCAAACCGGUCAUCCGACACAGCCGAGCUUCUCUGACUACAGCGUCGAGGAUCUAACCCAGAUUCUCGUCGGUGGAUCGACUGGCGCAGCCGGAACGACGAGACAACGACCAGCGACGUAUGCGCAAACGGAUUUCUACCGUGGGCAAGUGUAUGAUCAACAUCCCCAGAUGGGAGGGCAACCGGAGCAAGGGGGGUCAUCAUUUUCGAUGCAGAAUCCGUCGUAUGCGUAUCACCCGGGUCACCCCGGGUAUCCGACGCGCGUGCCGGACGUUCACAGUUCGAUGGGUCGGGAGUAUUUUUCGUCGCACGCUGGGAUGUCGCGAGGAGCUCACGACUUGGGGAUGUAUCAGGGGACGGUGCGCGAUAUGUCGGCCGAUUAUCAUCAACACUGGGGGAUGCAUCACCCGGUGGCAGUUCCGCAUCAGGCGAGUCAACAACACGAGGCGAUACCGAGACACGAGAUGUAUACUGACCAACAACGACAACAACAACAGCAGCAGCAACAACAACAUCUGGGGUAUUCGCAUAUGACGUCGUCGGGCAUGCAGCCGUCUAACUGGCCGCCUCCGCCACCAUAUCCGUUGCACCAGCAGCCACAGGAGGGCGAGACGAGCGGCACGCCACAUGACGCGUCGUAUCAGUCCCGGCCUAGAAGCUCAAGUAACCCCCCGCCACGAGGCACACCGACUACACCAAACGCUCCGCACGAUACACAUCACAAUUGGCCAGCGACGAGACCUGUCGUCACCGGCAGUAUGUUGUCUCAUCAGAUGAUGCCUCAGCAGCAGACCGAUCCGCAUCAGGAGGCAGGGGGGCGAGCGUCGGCACGGAGCUCGGCGUCGGGAUACUCACAAGCCGAUGCGACAGGCGCCAGCACGUUGAUCGAGAUGUCGUCGGGCGUCAACAAACAAGGUGGCACCACAGCAGUGGCACACCCGAUCGGUAGAUUCAGAGGUUUCCCAUCCGAGCACAGCCACAUAAUGGGAGGCAGCCAGGACUCCAAGUAUUUGCAUCCGCCACCAGCGCUCGCCACUAUUGGUCCAAAGAGCGACCCGUUGAGUGUACUGGCAUCGCUCACCGACAAGCAGUCGCCGCUACCACCAACGAGCGUGUUGCAAUCGCAAGAGAAAGGAGACGACGUGAAGGGUGGCGGCGAGGGAGAAUCGAAUGGUAACAUCGGAGGCAACAAGCGAGCGUCGAGUUUCAGUAUAGAAAACCUGGCGGCGCCGCAUCGUAAAGACGGAGGAGUCGGCAUCGAACCGAGAAUGACAACCGCAGCUUUCCCUGUAACGACCGCCACCCCGCAAGCUUCGUUCGUCGGGACACUCGCACCUUCGCCGUUCCCCAACUUCAACUCAGUCUCACAUCCGGGAUACACGCAGUCACAUCCGGGUUGGUCCGGAAAUCCGGGAUUCCAACAUCCGGGACAUAAAGUAUUCCACUCUUAUCCGGGAAUGAGCGAGAUGAAUCAUCGAGCGAGCGCCGGCAUCUUGGCCUCGGAGUCUCAAGGAGAGUCAUCGCAGAAGGACAGUUGAGACCGUGUGUCGUCUGCCUCGUUGUCGGUGGAUGUGUUACACGCUGCUGUCAAGUCUUAAAGUCGUUAUUCUACGCAUUAACUUGUACUGUAUGGACAUAUCUCUGCAUUUCUCUAGUGUAAUAGCUUGAUGUUCGGGCCGCCAUUGAUGCAUCUUGUUCAUGUGUUUGGAUGCGUCACGUUUUGUGCGGCCUUUCUGAUGUUUUGGACGAUGCCUUUGUUUCGCAGCUUGUCGGGCAGGCUGCGUUGUAUAUUGCAGCACUAUCAUGUUCAUGCAGCAUGAAAAUGAAUAAUAUAUCUGGGCUGGAAUUUAGUGCCGUUUCUCA